AUGAAGGCCGGGCAUUUUGUCCCUCAGAAGGGACAGACAGUGAAAUCUCCGUGCUUUCCUCUAGAUGUGGCCUUGAGGCUGGUGAACGGAGAGGGCCGGUGUCAGGGCCGGGUGGAGGUCCUGUACCGGGGCUCGUGGGGCACCGUGUGUGACGACGACUGGGACACCAAUGACGCCAACGUGGUGUGCAGGCAGCUGGGCUGUGGCCAGGCCACGUCCGCCCCAGGAAGUUCCCGCUUCGGUCAGGGCUCAGGGCCUAUUGUCCUGGACGACUUGGGCUGCUCGGGACACGAGUCCUACCUGUGGAGCUGCCCCCACAACGGCUGGCUCUCGCACAACUGCGGCCACAGGGAAGACGCCAGCGUCAUCUGCUCAGGUGGGCCUCCAAGAGGUGGUACAAAUGAUGCAGCACAGGGCAGAGGCACAAUAGUAAAGAUGCCUGUCCUUCUCCAACCUUGGGCUUUCCACUGUGUCGAUGCGGGUUUGCCUCUGAGGCUGAUGAAUGGAGGUGACUGCUGUCAGGGCCGGGGAGGCCACUGGGGCACCGUGUGUGACGACAGCUGGAACACCCAUGACGCAGAUGUCGUCUGUCAGCAGCUCGGCUGUGGCCAUUCAGUGUUGUCCCUGGGCGGGGCCUGCUUUGGUCAGGGCUCAGGGAACAUUCUUUUUGGUGCAGUGUACUGCUCUGGAUGGGAGCCCUACCUCAACUGCCCUCACAGCAGGCGGUACCACCAUGAAUGUGGCCACAGGGAAGACUCCGGAGUCCUGUGUUCAGGGAUGGAACCCGGUUUGGCCCUGAGGCUGGUGAACGGAGAGGGCCGGUGUCAGGGCCGGGUGGAGGUCCUGUUCCGGGGCUCGUGGGGCACUGUGUGUGACGACAACUGGGACACCAAUGACGCCAACGUGGUGUGCAGGCAGCUCGACUGUGGCCCAGCUCUGUCAGCGCCAGGAAGUGCCCGCUUCGGUCAUGGCUCAGGGCCUAUUGUCCUGGACGACGUGGGCUGCUCUGGAAACGAGUCCUACCUGUGGAGCUGCCCCCACAACGGCUGGCUCUCGCACAACUGCGGCCACGGGGAAGACGCCAGCGUCAUCUGCUCAGCCACCCUCCCCCAGCUAGAAAUGCUGUGCCUUCCUCUAGGGACCGAAUCGGGUUUAGCCCUGAGGCUGCGGAACGCAGGUGAUCGGUGUCAGGGGCAGGUGGAGGUCCUGUCCCAGGGUUCCCGGGGCACGGUGUCUGAUGCCAGCUGGGACAUCAAUGAGGCCAACGUGGUCCUCAGGCAGCUCGACUGUGGCCCAGCUUUCAACAACCAUGGAAAGCACUUCUGUGGAGACGCAGACGCCAACAGCCCCUUCCUUGCGAGGUUCCGCUCUGACCGGAAGACAGGCCCACAGUCCCCAGUCCACCCUGAGCGCAGCCACACCCACUUCCGAAGAUCUGGGCGCCCCAGGCGGGCCUUCUGGGUGUCCAGCAGGGCUUACAGCCACUCAGGAGGGCAGCAGAGGCAGUUUGGAACAGGAGCAUCUAACCGAAUCUCUCUGGAUGCCCGGCAUUUUGUCCCUCAGAAGGGACAGACAGUGAAAUCUCCGUGCUUUCCUCUAGAUGUGGCCUUGAGGCUGGUGAACGGAGAGGGCCGGUGUCAGGGCCGGGUGGAGGUCCUGUACCGGGGCUCGUGGGGCACCGUGUGUGACGACGGCUGGGACACCAAUGAUGCCAACGUGGUGUGCAGGCAGCUGGGCUGUGGCCAGGCCACGUCCGCCCCAGGAAGUGCCCGCUUCGGUCAUGGCUCAGGGCCUAUUGUCCUGGACGAAGUAGGCUGCUCAGGACACGAGUCCUACCUGUGGAGCUGCCCCCACAACGGCUGGCUCUCGCACAACUGCGGCCACGGGGAAGACGCCAGCGUCAUCUGCUCAGGUGGGCCUCCAAGAGGUAGUACAAAGGAUGUAGCACAGGGCAGAGGCACAAUAAGGCCUGAGACCUUGUCUCUCAUCCCGCUCCCCCCCACUCUCUGCUCCUCCUUGGCCGAUGUGGCCUUGAGGCUGGUGAACGGAGAGGGCCGGUGUCAGGGCCGGGUGGAGGUCCUGUACCGGGGCUCGUGGGGCACCGUGUGUGACGACGGCUGGGACACCAAUGAUGCCAACGUGGUGUGCAGGCAGCUGGGCUGUGGCCAGGCCACGUCCGCCCCAGGAAGUGCCCGCUUCGGUCAUGGCUCAGGGCCUAUUGUCCUGGACGAAGUAGGCUGCUCAGGACACGAGUCCUACCUGUGGAGCUGCCCCCACAACGGCUGGCUCUCGCACAACUGCGGCCACGGGGAAGACGCCAGCGUCAUCUGCUCAGGUGGGCCUCCAAGAGGUACUCUAGUGGAUUGGUUGGAACAUACGAGAGAAAUGCUGUGCCUUCCUCUAGGGACCGAAUCGGGUUUAGCCCUGAGGCUGCGGAACGCAGGUGAUCGGUGUCAGGGGCAGGUGGAGGUCCUGUCCCAGGGUUCCCGGGGCACGGUGUCUGAUGCCAGCUGGGACAUCAAUGAGGCCAACGUGGUCCUCAGGCAGCUCGACUGUGGCCCAGCUUUGUCAGCCAACAACCAUGGAAAGCACUUCUGUGGAGACGCAGACGCCAACAGCCCCUUCCUUGCGAGGUUCCGCUCUGACCGGAAGACAGGCCCACAGUCCCCAGUCCACCCUGAGCGCAGCCACACCCACUUCCGAAGAUCUGGGCGCCCCAGGCGGGCCUUCUGGGUGUCCAGCAGGGCUUACAGCCACUCAGGAGGGCAGCAGAGGCAGUUUGGAACAGGAGCAUCUAACCGAAUCUCUCUGGAUGCCCGGCAUUUUGUCCCUCAGAAGGGACAGACAGUGAAAUCUCCGUGCUUUCCUCUAGAUGUGGCCUUGAGGCUGGUGAACGGAGAGGGCCGGUGUCAGGGCCGGGUGGAGGUCCUGUACCGGGGCUCGUGGGGCACCGUGUGUGACGACGGCUGGGACACCAAUGAUGCCAACGUGGUGUGCAGGCAGCUGGGCUGUGGCCAGGCCACGUCCGCCCCAGGAAGUGCCCGCUUCGGUCAUGGCUCAGGGCCUAUUGUCCUGGACGAAGUAGGCUGCUCAGGACACGAGUCCUACCUGUGGAGCUGCCCCCACAACGGCUGGCUCUCGCACAACUGCGGCCACGGGGAAGACGCCAGCGUCAUCUGCUCAGUAGCUCACGCUUGGUCCAUCCCGGGCAGUGAUUCUCUCGGGGAUCUUUAAAUGCUGUGCCUUCCUCUAGGGACCGAAUCGGGUUUAGCCCUGAGGCUGCGGAACGCAGGUGAUCGGUGUCAGGGGCAGGUGGAGGUCCUGUCCCAGGGUUCCCGGGGCACGGUGUCUGAUGCCAGCUGGGACAUCAAUGAGGCCAACGUGGUCCUCAGGCAGCUCGACUGUGGCCCAGCUUUGUCAGCCAACAACCAUGGAAAGCACUUCUGUGGAGACGCAGACGCCAACAGCCCCUUCCUUGCGAGGUUCCGCUCUGACCGGAAGACAGGCCCACAGUCCCCAGUCCACCCUGAGCGCAGCCACACCCACUUCCGAAGAUCUGGGCGCCCCAGGCGGGCCUUCUGGGUGUCCAGCAGGGCUUACAGCCACUCAGGAGGGCAGCAGAGGCAGUUUGGAACAGGAGCAUCUAACCGAAUCUCUCUGGAUGCCCGGCAUUUUGUCCCUCAGAAGGGACAGACAGUGAAAUCUCCGUGCUUUCCUCUAGAUGUGGCCUUGAGGCUGGUGAACGGAGAGGGCCGGUGUCAGGGCCGGGUGGAGGUCCUGUACCGGGGCUCGUGGGGCACCGUGUGUGACGACGGCUGGGACACCAAUGAUGCCAACGUGGUGUGCAGGCAGCUGGGCUGUGGCCAGGCCACGUCCGCCCCAGGAAGUGCCCGCUUCGGUCAUGGCUCAGGGCCUAUUGUCCUGGACGAAGUAGGCUGCUCAGGACACGAGUCCUACCUGUGGAGCUGCCCCCACAACGGCUGGCUCUCGCACAACUGCGGCCACGGGGAAGACGCCAGCGUCAUCUGCUCAGGUGGGCCUCCAAGAGGUAAUGUGGCCUUGAGGCUGGUGAACGGAGAGGGCCGGUGUCAGGGCCGGGUGGAGGUCCUGUACCGGGGCUCGUGGGGCACCGUGUGUGACGACGGCUGGGACACCAAUGAUGCCAACGUGGUGUGCAGGCAGCUGGGCUGUGGCCAGGCCACGUCCGCCCCAGGAAGUGCCCGCUUCGGUCAUGGCUCAGGGCCUAUUGUCCUGGACGAAGUAGGCUGCUCAGGACACGAGUCCUACCUGUGGAGCUGCCCCCACAACGGCUGGCUCUCGCACAACUGCGGCCACGGGGAAGACGCCAGCGUCAUCUGCUCAGGUGGGCCUCCAAGAGGUACUCUAGUGGAUUGGUUGGAACAUACGAGAGAAAUGCUGUGCCUUCCUCUAGGGACCGAAUCGGGUUUAGCCCUGAGGCUGCGGAACGCAGGUGAUCGGUGUCAGGGGCAGGUGGAGGUCCUGUCCCAGGGUUCCCGGGGCACGGUGUCUGAUGCCAGCUGGGACAUCAAUGAGGCCAACGUGGUCCGCAGGCAGCUUGACUGUGGCCCAGCUUUGUCAGCCAACAACCAUGGAAAGCACUUCUGUGGAGACGCAGACGCCAACAGCCCCUUCCUUGCGAGGUUCCGCUCUGACCGGAAGACAGGCCCACAGUCCCCAGUCCACCCUGAGCGCAGCCACACCCACUUCCGAAGAUCUGGGCGCCCCAGGCGGGCCUUCUGGGUGUCCAGCAGGGCUUACAGCCACUCAGGAGGGCAGCAGCGGCAGUUUGGAACAGGAGCAUCUAACCGAAUCUCUCUGGAUGCCCGGCAUUUUGUCCCUCAGAAGGGACAGACAGUGAAAUCUCCGUGCUUUCCUCUAGAUGUGGCCUUGAGGCUGGUGAACGGAGAGGGCCGGUGUCAGGGCCGGGUGGAGGUCCUGUACCGGGGCUCGUGGGGCACCGUGUGUGACGACGGCUGGGACACCAAUGAUGCCAACGUGGUGUGCAGGCAGCUGGGCUGUGGCCAGGCCACGUCCGCCCCAGGAAGUGCCCGCUUCGGUCAUGGCUCAGGGCCUAUUGUCCUGGACGAAGUAGGCUGCUCAGGACACGAGUCCUACCUGUGGAGCUGCCCCCACAACGGCUGGCUCUCGCACAACUGCGGCCACGGGGAAGACGCCAGCGUCAUCUGCUCAGGGACCGAAUCGGGUUUAGCCCUGAGGCUGCGGAACGCAGGUGAUCGGUGUCAGGGGCAGGUGGAGGUCCUGUCCCAGGGUUCCCGGGGCACGGUGUCUGAUGCCAGCUGGGACAUCAAUGAGGCCAACGUGGUCCUCAGGCAGCUCGACUGUGGCCCAGCUUUCAACAACCAUGGAAAGCACUUCUGUGGAGACGCAGACGCCAACAGCCCCUUCCUUGCGAGGUUCCGCUCUGACCGGAAGACAGGCCCACAGUCCCCAGUCCACCCUGAGCGCAGCCACACCCACUUCCGAAGAUCUGGGCGCCCCAGGCGGGCCUUCUGGGUGUCCAGCAGGGCUUACAGCCACUCAGGAGGGCAGCAGCGGCAGUUUGGAACAGGAGCAUCUAACCGAAUCUCUCUGGAUGCCCGGCAUUUUGUCCCUCAGAAGGGACAGACAGUGAAAUCUCCGUGCUUUCCUCUAGAUGUGGCCUUGAGGCUGGUGAACGGAGAGGGCCGGUGUCAGGGCCGGGUGGAGGUCCUGUACCGGGGCUCGUGGGGCACCGUGUGUGACGACGGCUGGGACACCAAUGAUGCCAACGUGGUGUGCAGGCAGCUGGGCUGUGGCCAGGCCACGUCCGCCCCAGGAAGUGCCCGCUUCGGUCAUGGCUCAGGGCCUAUUGUCCUGGACGAAGUAGGCUGCUCAGGACACGAGUCCUACCUGUGGAGCUGCCCCCACAACGGCUGGCUCUCGCACAACUGCGGCCACGGGGAAGACGCCAGCGUCAUCUGCUCAGAAUAUGUGGCCUUGAGGCUGGUGAACGGAGAAGGCCGGUGUCAGGGCCGGGUGGAGGUCCUGUACCGGGGCUCGUGGGGCACCGUGUGUGACGACGACUGGGACACCCAUGACGCCAACGUGGUGUGCAGGCAGCUCGACUGUGGCCCAGCUCUGUCAGCGCCAGGAAGCGCCCGCUUUGGUCAGGGCUCAGGGCGUAUUGUCUUGGACAAUGUGGGCUGCUCUGGAAACGAGUCCUACCUGUGGAGCUGCCCUCACAACGGCUGGCUCUCGCACAACUGCGGCCACGGGGAAGACGCCAGCGUCAUCUGCUCAGCCUCCCAACUUCCACCCACUCUCCUCCCAGAACAACUCCAUCCAACAGUCGAUUUUGGGACCGAACCGAGUUUGGCCGUGCGGCUGGUGAACGGAGGUGACCGGUGUCAGGGCCGGGUGGAGGUCCUGUACCGAGGCUCGUGGGACACCGUGUGUGACGACGCCUGGGGCACCAACGACGCCGACGUGCUGUGCAGGCAGCUGGGCUGUGGCCGGGCCACGUCGGCCCCAGGAAGUGCCCGCUUCGGUCAGGGCUCGGGGCCGAUUCUCCUGGACAACGUGGGCUGCUCAGGACACGAGUCCGACCUGUGGAGCUGCAGCCACAACGGCUGGAACAGCCACAACUGUGGUCACCACGAGGAUGCCGGUGUCGUCUGCUCAGCCUCACAGACCACACUGACAGUUGUCCCACUUUGGUGGGGGAUGGGGGUUUGUUUUUCUCCCAAAGACUGGCUUGCUGUGCAGUUGGUGGAAGGUUCUGGAAGGUGUUCUGGCUGUGUCAAGUUGUAUUUUGAAGGCGUAUGGUCCACCGUGUGCGAUGCCCUGUGGGACAAGAAUGAAGCACAGGUGGUGUGCCGGCACCUGGACUGUGGGACAGCUGUCUCUGCCCCCAGAGAGGCCCACUUUGGCCAGGGCUCUGGCCACAUUCUUCUGGACAAUGUGCAGUGUUCUGGGACCAAGGCCUAUCUGGGGCAGUGCUCCCAUGCCGGCUGGUGA